AUGGGAGAACUGCCGUCCGUUCGAGUUAACAUCACCAGACCAUUUCACAACUCUGGGGUGGAUUACUGCGGACCAUUCUACGUGCGAGAUCGAGUUCGUAGAAACAGCAAAAAGUACAAGGCUUAUGUAGCCAUAUUCAUCUGUAUGGCUACAAAGGCAGUACACAUAGAAUUGGUGGAGGACUUAACUACGGAAUCAUUCUUGGCAGCAUUGAAAAGAUUCAUAUCACGGAGAGGCAAGAUCCAGAACAUGUACUCGGACAACGGGAGAAAUUUUGUGGGAGCAGACCGAGUACUGCAGCAAACAAUCGAAGACGAAGAAUUUAAGGGAGCUGUUCAGGAGUUUGCAGCAAAUGAGCAAAUGCAGUGGCACUUUAUACCCCCUAGGUCGCCCCAUUACGGUGGUCUCUGGGAGUCGGCGGUGCGUUCGAUGAAAUUGCUUCUAAAACGUACUCUCGGGGAGGUUUGCCUCAAAGUUGGAGAAAUGACUACGGUCCUAGCACAAGUCGAGGCUGUCUUAAACUCAAGGCCCCUCACACCGUUAUCGGAAGAUCCAAGUGAUUUAAUAGCCUUAACUCCAGGUCAUGUUUUGAUUGGAAAUAGUCUACAAGCUUACCCUGAAAGGAAUCUACAAGAAAUACCGAUAAAUCGACUUUCAAGAUGGCAGUACACGGAACAACUCAAGCAAUGUCUGUGUUCCCGAUGGCGAAAGGAAUAUCUCGCGACGUGCCAGCAAAGGAGAAAGUGGAAAACCGACAGUGGUGCCAAAUUCGAAGUAGGGCAGCUAGUUAUGUUAAAGGAAAGCGAGUCUAUGCCCUUUAGAUGA